AUGUGUGGGCCAGUUGUCCGGGGCAGCAAAGUGGCUGAGAUCGCUCUUCGUGAGGACUUCCGUAAGGAGUCUGGUUCUGAGGCUCCCGCUCCAGACUCAGAAAUGCUGCCGGCCUGGGAUCCGGCUUCCCGGCUCUGCCGCCGCCGCCGGCGCCGGGGCUCGGUGACUGCGGAGCUGGGCGCUGCCGCGGCGUCUUUAGGGCCUACGUCCGCCCGGCCAGCCCGCGCCGGAGCCCCCUGCCCGGGUUAUAUCACCGCGCGGAGGCGCCCGAUCGAUCGCCAGAGAUACGACGAGAACGAGGACUUGUCGGACGUGGAGGAGAUCGUCAGCGUCCGCGGCUUCAGCCUGGAGGAGAAGCUGCGCAGCCAACUGUACCAGGGGGACUUCGUGCACGCCAUGGAGGGCAAAGAUUUCAACUAUGAGUACGUGCAGAAAGAAGCUCUCAGGGUGCCCCUGAUAUUCCGAGAAAAGGACGACCUGGGAAUUAAGAUGCCAGACCCCGACUUCACAGUCCGAGACGUCAAGCUCCUUGUGGGGAGCCGGCGCCUGGUGGAUGUGAUGGAUGUGAACACCCAGAAGGGCACAGAGAUGAGCAUGUCCCAGUUUGUGCGUUACUAUGAGACGCCGGAGGAGCAGCGGGACAAGCUGUACAACGUCAUCAGCCUGGAGUUCAGCCACACCAAGCUGGAGCACCUGGUCAAGCGGCCAACCGUGAUUGACCUGGUGGACUGGGUGGACAACAUGUGGCCCCAGCACUUGAAGGAGAAGCAGACGGAAGCCACCAAUGCCAUUGCUGAAAUGAAGUACCCCAAAGUAAAGAAGUACUGUCUGAUGAGCGUGAAAGGCUGCUUCACUGACUUCCACAUCGACUUCGGAGGCACUUCCGUCUGGUAUCAUGUGUUCCGUGGUGGAAAGAUCUUCUGGCUGAUUCCGCCAACCCUGCACAACCUGGCACUCUAUGAAGAGUGGGUGCUGUCAGGCAAACAGAGCGACAUCUUUCUGGGGGACCGCGUGGAACGAUGCCAAAGAAUUGAGCUGAAACAGGGUUACACAUUUUUCAUCCCUUCCGGCUGGAUCCAUGCCGUCUACACCCCGGUAGACUCGCUGGUCUUCGGCGGGAACAUCCUGCACAGCUUUAACGUGCCCAUGCAGCUGCAGAUCUACGAGAUUGAGGACAGAACUCGGGUGCAGCCCAAAUUCCGGUACCCCUUCUACUAUGAGAUGUGCUGGUAUGUCCUGGAGCGGUAUGCGCACUGUGUGACUCAGCGAUCCUACCUCACCCCGGAACACCAGAGAGAGUCCAUGCUGGUUGACGCCCUGAGGAAGCCCAGCAUAGACGGCUUCUCAUCGGAUUCCUGGCCGGAGAUGGAUGAGGAGUGCUGUGAGCAGAACCCCCCGGAGGAGGAGGAGCAGGAGCAGGAGCAGGAGCAGGAGGAUGGUGGAGAGAAGGAGCCCAAGCCACCGGCCGAUGGUCCCGCCUCACCCCCUAGCACCCCUGCCGAGGACCUGGAGGCCCCCGCCAUGCGGUUCCUCAAGAGGACUUUGUCUAACGAGUCCCAGGAGAGUGGGAAGUCCUCCACGGCACCGGCAGACUACCCCAAGACGCCCACCAGCUCGCCCACCCCAGAUGGACCUGCCAAGUGGACCCACCUCACCGAGUUUGAGCUGAAAGGCCUGAAGGCCCUGGUGGAGAAGCUGGAGUCCCUCCCCGAGAACAAGAAGUGUGUCCCCGAGGGCAUCGAGGACCCCCAGGCACUGCUGGAGGGCGUCAAGAAUGUCCUGAAGGAGCAUGCGGAUGACGACCCCAGUCUGGCCAUCACUGGGGUCCCUGUUGUCACUUGGCCAAAGAAGACUCCAAAGUCAUGCAGGUACAGUCUUGAGAAACAUCUCAACAGGACAAAGAUGGGAGUUGCCAAGGCUUUCGUCUUGCUUUGGGUCCACAGGUCAUGCUCGUGGCAGCAGCUGUGAAGAAGCCAAAGGACCUAGU